AUGUUGAGAGUAUUGAUACUUUUAAUAAGCCUCUUGGCCACAGCGUAUACCAAAACACCCAAAUUCAAUCCACCAAAUAUUCAUGGCACAUGGCAAACACAAAGCCAAUCAGUGAUGACGGGCCCACUGUUUUUCCAACCCGACACAGAAUAUUUAAUUGAACCUCAUGAACCUGGAUUAUCAUAUUCGUUUGAUUUACAAACGAUGACUUAUGAAACGGCGCAGUAUCUCGUUUAUGGCAAUGCGCAAAACCAUUCUUGUCCUUCUGCUCAGUUGAUUUGGCAUCAUGGGAAAUUGAAAAUCAAACCGCAUCUAAAGAAGGGCUAUGGUAAAAAUGGUAUUGAUGAAAAUGAGCAUCAAUUGAUCAUAUUUCUUGAAUCCAUUGACCAUGAUUCACGCCAAUUGGUUAGCGACCCAUGUUUGGACGAAGGCAAUCUGACGUAUCAGCGGUACAAGGGGAACACGAAAGAAGUAUGGAGUGGCAUCUAUAAGUAUGAUGCGUAUGUUGAUAAAUGGAGUUUGAUUUUGUAUGAUGAGUUUGGUGGCACUGGGCGGAAAGUAUGGAUGUGGUUGAAAUCGAGAGAUGUUGAAAUGUUGCCAAGAGGGAGAGUCACAAAGAAGAAGAAGGUUUAUGUUGAUGCUUGA